AUGUUGUCUGGCCAGGAGGGUUCCAAUUCACAGCUUUCGGCACAAAACUCUGAAAAUCAACAGAUGACUCCUGUACAAAAAUUGCUUUCAAAGGCUGUUGUAAUGCCUAUUGGGGAUAUCAUAAAACUUAGAACUAUUACAUUUUGUACGACUGUUGGAGAAACUAAAAUGCUGGUUGCCUCUCCGUAUGGCUGGUAUUAUCGUGGUUGUCAUGCUUGCUCAUGUAUUGCGCGUGGUGACAGAGUUUCGUUUGAGUGUGAGGCUGGACAUUUCACUGAGGCAAAGAUUUUUAGGUAUAAGAUUGAGAUCGAAGUUACUCAUGCCGGGAAUAGCUGUAACUUUCUAUUUUGGGACCGAGAGUGUGAGUUACUUUUGGGAUUGUCUGCUUCUCAGCUGCGUCAUACAAUGAUUAAGGCUGGCAUUCAUGAUCCCUUGGAAUUCCCACUGGCAUUGGAUCAGAUGUUGGAUUGCAAGAUGGCUUUGAAAGUUAAGUGGCAACCACGUUGGAAGAAUGCCUCGGUCGUUAUGCUAUUGAAGAAUGACCCUUUUGUGAAAGAGCUUGCUGAUCAGUUUGACACAGAUGAAGAUCUUGAUGUGAGUUCGACGCACAGCACAGAUCCACUUACUCCUACUGGAAAAAGACACUUUCCAGGCGCAUCAAGCGAGUCAACAACCUCGGAUGCCACAUGUGAUGGAGAACUUUCAUCAAACAAGUUAAAGAAAAUUAUAAAAAUAGAGAAGAUAGAUUAG